AUGGCGGAAAAGCGGCCAGCGGAGGCUGGGGAGGAGGAGGAAGAGGAGGCCCCAGAGGAGCGGCUGGAGCUCGCCUUCCAGCGUGGCUUCCUGGCCGGGAGGCGCGUGGCCCAUCUCCCCUGGAAGGAUCUUGCGGAGACACUAAGGAUUUCAAAAGAUUCCUCGCCACUGCUGGCAAUUUUGCAAAAGACCGUCCUUCACCCGCUGUGCAUGAAAUACCCCCCCUCGGUGAAAUAUAGGAGGUACUUCUUGUCAGAACUCAUAAAACAGCAUGAAUGUAUGGCAGCUGAGCCUCUUGACGAGCUAUAUGAAGCCCUCGGUGACAUCUUCAAUGCAGAAGCUUCUACACACUGUUACAAAAGCUAUAUCUUGCCCUCAGGAGAUUCUGUUACAGUCCGUGAAAACGUGGCGAUCAUUUCACAAGGGACCACGGGCCUCGUCACAUGGGAUGCUGGCCUUUACCUAGCCGAAUGGGCACUGGAACACCCUUCAGUUUUCACUAACAGGAGGAUCUUGGAAUUAGGAAGCGGGACCGGCCUGACGGGAAUUGCAAUUUGCAAAACUUGUCACCCCAGGGCAUAUAUCUUCAGCGAUCUCCACCAGAGUGUUCUAGAAGAGUUGUCGGAGAAUAUCUACUUGAACGGCUUUUUUCUGCAGUCUGAAUGUUACAGUCUUGGCAGGGGGAAGUGCAGAUACCAUGAGGCAGAACUGGAUGAAUCGCAGGGUCCCUGCGUAACCGUCGCUGAGCUUGACUGGAACUUGGGUGCAAAAGAACAACUUGCAGAAUUCAGAGUGGACGUUAUCGUUGCCGCGGACGUGGUAUACGAUCCAAACCUAACGCAGUCCCUGGUUGCGCUGUUGCGGCAACUACCCACUUACACUGAUGCUGGGAACCUGCUAGAAAUCUACAUCGCCUCUACGUGUCGAAAUCCAGACACUUACUGCCAUUUCCAAAGGGCGCUUGAGCACGUUGGGAUCAGAUGGGAAGUUGUCCCUGGGCCCCGGAAGAACUUUUUCCCAUAUGACCAGAAUACUAAGAUUACAAUUCUAAAAUUGCUUCUUUAA